AGAGCAUUGGGUGCGAUCAUGUUGUCUCGAUGCACAUGUCGGAUGCAAUUCCUCUGUACGUCCGUAAUAAGCCAAGAUGACAAUGUCACAGAAACAUAACGAAGGAAUGAAAAUAUCCAAGCUAGCAGAUUAAAAGGAGAGCACGUAACAUGGGAAUAUGCUCUCGAACGCAUGUGGCUCUCCAUUUGUAUACUGUGUCUGCUGCAUCUGGCAACAUGCAUGCGAGAUGUCGAAGAAAUUGAAUGGAAUCGUUCUGCAUAUUUGGUAAAAACUCUGGCUGAAGCCCAAGACGGCGAUCGGGUUCUGGGCUGUACUGGCACAUUGAUCACGCCUUCGCUUGUACUCACAUCUUCGAAAUGUGUUGACAACACUGAAAAUAAUGCGGUCGUCAUUUAUGCGAAAGGAUCGAGGUACAGAAAGCGCGCCGUGGCGUCCAUUACCAUAAAUGGCGAUUUCGCUCUUUUGGAAUUUCAUCCUAUAAAAGAUGAGUUGUGUCCACGAAGUCCUGCACCUGUACGACUUAGUCGACUACCUUUGAAUAUCACGCUGACAGCCGCUCCGUGGGAAAAGGUCAAUCUGGUUGACCUCCCGGAAGCCAAAUGCAGAAUGACAGGGUUUGAGACGGUCUCAGUCUCCAACUUUUCCUUCAUUCACAAUGUCAUGCAAACUCCUGCACAGGUUGUAAGGGAUGGCGAUCGCCUUAUUGUGGAUGUUGCUUCAGGAAGUCCCGUCUGCUGGGAUGAUAUCGGCCUUCCACUUGAGUGCUUGCUACCAAAUAAGGGCUGGACACAAGUGGGACUUCUUCACUCCGUGAUAAGAAAUGUAGACAAUCGGACCAACUCAACGCUCACGGACUGCGAUGAUAUCAGGGUUCUCGUUUUUGCCACAUUUUCUGACGACACGCUGCCAACUAUGCUGGAGAAUCAUGCUGUGCAGAUGUUUGUGACUACAAAACGUUGCUUCACACAAGCACCAGUGGAGACUACAGAACGCGAGCUUAUCGAUGAAGAAGCACAGACCAGCGAUGAAUAAAAGCAUUCUUUGAUUGUCUGGAUUUUUUUUUUGCUACGCAAGUUUCAUUCUUGAACGUACUUGAUGACCUUUGUUUUCCUUGUGUUGCAGCAUCUGUGAAAUAAGUAAUCUGUUUUUGAAAAUAGUGCUCCGUCAUUGAAGCAAGAAGA